UGUAUUUUAUUUCCAGCAGAUGGACACACAAGCAGGAAUAUCUCAGAAGGACAUCUAAUGUUAUCCCCGGAUUGUGACAUAAAAGAUAAUGACAGUAGACAGGAUUCUCCAGGAGAUAACCCCAUUACCCCAAUUAUACAUCCAGCUCUAUCAGCUGAUCCCUCUGAUCCUGGGAAAUGUUCUCCUGAUCACUCUGAUAUUGGUGCAUCUGUUACAGCUCUGACAGUAGAUACAGUGUUUCCGUGUUCUAUAGAUGCCAAAUGUUUUACACAGAACACAAAGCCUGUUAACCCACAGACAGGUAAGGUAGGUGAAAGGCCACUGAUAUGUUCUGAGUGUGGGAAAUGUUUUACGCACAAAUCACAUUUUGUUAUACAUCAGAGAAAUCACACAGGUGAGAAGCCAUUUUCUUGCUCUGAGUGUGGGAAAUGUUUUGCACGGAAAUCAGAUCUUGUUACACAUCAGAGAAGUCACACAGGUGAGAAGCCAUUUUCUUGCUCUGAGUGUGGGAUAUGUUUUGCACGACAAUCACUUCUUGUUAUACAUCACAUAAGUCACACAGGUGAGAAGCCAUUUUCUUGCUCUGAGUGUGGGAUAUGUUUUACCCGGAAAUCCCAACUUGUUACACAUCAGCGAAGUCACACAGGUGAGAAGACAUUUCCAUGUUCUGAGUGUGGGAAAUGUUUUGCACAGAAAUCAGAUCUUCUUAGACAUCAGAGAAGUCACACAGGUGAGAAGCCAUUUCCAUGUUCUAAGUGUGGGAAAUGUUUUGCACGGCAAUCAAUUCUUGUUAUACAUCACAGAAGUCACACAGGUGAGAAGCCAUUUUCUUGCUCUGAGUGUGGGAAAUGUUUUGCACACAAAUCGUAUCUUGUUAUACAUCAGAGAAGUCACACAGGUGAGAAGCCAUUUUCUUGCUCUGAGUGUGGGAAAUGUUUUGCACGGAAAUCACAUCUUGUUAUACAUCAGAGAAGUCACACAGGUGAGAAGCCAUUUCCAUGUUCUGAGUGUGGGAAAUGUUUUGCACACAAAUCAGAUCUUCUUAGACAUCAGAGAAAUCACACAGGUGUGAAUCCAUUUUCAUGUUCUAAGUGUGGGAAAUGUUUUGCCCGGAAAUCACAACUUGUUACACAUCAGCGAAGUCACACAGGUGAGAAGACAUUUUCUUGCUCUGAGUGUGGGAAAUGUUCUACGCACAAAUCACAUUUUGUUAGCAGUAGUGGGGGAGACAGGACGAUGGCAGUAGUGGGGGAGAGUCAGGCAGAAUUGCAUAAUAUGUACUUUCAGUCAUUGUUGCACAUUACUGAUUAUGCUUUUCCAUCUGAGGACCUGAUUCAGAGACGGCUGCUAAUGUUACAGCCGCAGGGCCUUUCUGCUAUGUUGCAUUCUGACGGUUCUAUGCCAGACCUCACUGCGCAAGAGGAGGGUGAGGAUGGCGAAUUAGACCAGCAGUCAGAUAGUGAAGAUUUUGACAGCCCAAGCAUUGAUAAUCUCAUCAGGGUGAGCAUCCACUACGGACUACGAGAAAUAGAAUUAUCGGUAAGUAAAUUCUUAUUAUCUAUGGUAAUAGUACAGGGACAUGACUGUGGAGGUGAGGGGAUAUUUACAGUGAUAUUUAUGUCUCCCCCAUUUCACAGAGGUGUGAAGAAGACAUCUGGUGAGCGUGAGACACCCAGCAGCCAUGCUCAUGUGUCAGGAGGACUGAGCAGGUCCCAGAGCACCAUCAUGGUGCCUCCACCUCAGUCACUGAUACAUGAGAGACACAGUGACCAGAAGAUCCAGGAACUCACUAACAAGAUCAUUCAGGUGCUGACUGGAGAGGAGGGGAAGUAUAUUGAGGAACACAGGGGUCUGUACAAGGACGUGAUGAUGGAGAAUCACCGGCCCCUCACAUCACUGGAUGGGCCCAGUAACAGAGAUACCCCAGAGAGAUGUCCCCGUCCUCUGUAUUCCCAGGAUUGUACAGAGGAGAAUCACAGGACCCCACAGGAGGAACAGGUAGAACGUCUGUCUGAUAUUAAAACAGAAGACAUAGAAGAAGAAGAAGUGACUGAUAUAAAGGUAGAAGAUAUAGAGGGAGAUGAAGAGACGUAUGUGACUGAUAUAAAGGCAGAAGAUACAGAGGGAAAAGAAGAGACGUAUGUGACUGAUAUGAAGGCAGAAGAUAUAGAGGGAAAAGAAGAGACGUAUGUGACUGUUAUUAAGGCAGAAGAUAUAGAGGGAGAAGAAGAGACGUAUGUGACUGUUAUAAAGGCAGAAGAUAUAGAGGAAGAAGACAAGACGUAUGUGAAGGGUGAUCAGCAGUGUAAGGAGGAGGAAAUCCCUACAGAUAUCAGCACAGCAGAUGGACACACAAGCAGGAAUAUCUCAGAAGGACAUCUAAUGUUAUCCCUGGAUUCUGAAAUAACCGAUAACGACAGUAGACCGGAUUCUCCAGGAGAUAACCCCAUUACCCCAAUGAUACAUCCAGCUCUAUCAGCUGGUCCUUCUGAUCCUGGGAAGUGUUCUCCUGAUCACUCUGAUAUUGGUGCAUCUGUUACAGCUCUGACAGUAGAUACAGUGUUUCCCUGUUCUAUAGAUGCCAAAUGUUUUACACAGAACACAAAGCCUAUUAACCCACACACAGGUAAGGCAGGUGGAAGGCCACUGAUAUGUUCAGAGUGUGGGAAAUGUUUUACAUACAAAUCACAUCUUGUUAUACAUCAGAGAAGUCACACAGGUGAGAGGCCACUGACAUGUUCUGAGUGUGGGAAAUGUUUUGCACGGAAAUCACAUCUUGUUAUGCAUCAGAGAAGUCACACAGGUGAGAAGCCGUUUCCAUGUUCUGAGUGUGGGAAAUGUUUUACACGCAAAUCAGAUCUUGUUAAACAUCAGCAAAGUCACACAGGUGAGAAGCCGUUUCCAUGUUCUGAGUGUGGGAAAUGUUUUGCACACAAACUAUAUCUUGUUAGACAUCAGAGGAGACACACAGGUGUGAAGCCAUUUUCUUGCUCUGAGUGUGGGAAAUGUUUUACACAGAAAUCACAACUUGUUACACAUCAGCAAAUUCACACAGGUGAGAAUCUGUUUUCUUGCUCUGAGUGUACGAAAUAUUUUACACGGAAAUCAGAUCUUAUUACACAUCAGCGAAGUCACACUGGUGAGCAGCCAUUUCCAUGUUCUGAGUGUGGGAAAUGUUUUGCAGACAAAUCAAAUCUUACUAAACAUGAAAGAAGUCACACAGGUGAGAAGACAUUUUCAUGCUCCGAGUGUGGGAAAUGUUUUACAUGGAAAUCACAACUUGUUACACAUCAGCAAAGUCACACAGGUGAGAAGCCAUUUCCAUGUUCUGAGUGUGGGAAAUGUUUUGCACACAAACCAGAUCUUGUUAGACAUCAGAGAAAUCACACAGGUGAGAAGCAAUUUUCUUGCUCUGAGUGUGGGAAAUGUUGUUUAAGUAAAUCACAUCUUGUUACACAUCAGAGAAGUCACACAGGUGUGAAGCCAUUUUCUUGCUCUGAGUGUGGGAAAUGUUUUACACAGAAAUCACAACUUUUUACACAUCAGCGAAGUCACACAGGUGUGAAGCCAUUUUCUUGCUGUGAGUGUGGGAAAUGUUUUACACGGAAAUCAAAUCUGGUUAGACAUAACAGAAGUCACACAGGUGAGAAGCCAUUUUCUUGCUCUGAGUGUGGGAAAUGUUUUACACAGAAAUCACAUCUUGUUAUACAUCAGAGGAGUCACACAGGUGAGAAUCUGUUUUCUUGCUCUGAGUGUACGAAAUGUUUUACACGGAAAUCAGAUCUUAUUACACAUCAGCGAAGUCACACUGGUGAGAAGCCAUUUCCAUGUUCUGAGUGUGGGAAAUGUUUUGCAGACAAAUCAAAUCUUACUAAACAUGAAAGAAGUCACACAGGUGAGAAGACAUUUUCAUGCUCCGAGUGUGGGAAAUGUUUUACACGGAAAUCACAUCUUGUUUCCCAUCAGCAAAGUCACACAGGUGAGAAGCCAUUUCCAUGUUCUGAGUGUGGGAAAUGUUUUGCACACAAACCAGAUCUUGUUAGACAUCAGCAAUGUCACACAGGUGAGAAGCAAUUUUCUUGCUCUGAGUGUGGGAAAUGUUGUUUAAGUAAAUCAGAUCUUGUUAGACAUCAGAGAAGUCACACAGGUGAGAAGACAUUUUCAUGCUCCGAGUGUGGGAAAUGUUUUACACGGAAAUCACAUCUUGUUUCCCAUCAGCAAAGUCACACAGGUGAGAAGCCAUUUCCAUGUUCUGAGUGUGGGAAAUGUUUUGCACACAAACCAGAUCUUGUUAGACAUCAGCAAUGUCACACAGGUGAGAAGCAAUUUUCUUGCUCUGAGUGUGGGAAAUGUUGUUUAAGUAAAUCAGAUCUUGUUAGACAUCAGAGAAGUCACACAGGUGAGAAGCCAUUUUCUUGCUCUGAGUGUGGGAAAUGUUUUGCAUGGAAAUCAGAUCUUGUUAAACAUCAGAGAGGUCACACAGGUGAGAGGCCAUUUCCAUGUUCUGAGUGUGGGAAAUGUUUUGCACGGAAAUCAGUUCUUGUUAUACAUCAGAGAAGUCACACAGGUGAGAAGCCAUUUCCAUGUUUUGAGUGUGGGAAAUGUUUUGCACGGAAAUCAGUUCUUGUUAUACAUCAGAGAAGUCACACAAGUGAGAAGCCAUUUCCAUGUUCUGAGUGCGGGAAAUGUUUUGCACACAAAUCAGAUCUGGUUAGACAUAACAGAAGUCACACAGGUGUGAAUACAUUUUCUUGCUCUGAGUGCGGGAAAUGUUUUGCACACAAAUCAGAUCUGGUUAGACAUAACAGAAGUCACACAGGUGAGAAGCCAUUUUCUUGCUCUGAGUGUGGGAAAUGUUUUGCAUGGAAAUCAGAUCUUGUUAAACAUCAGAGAAGUCACACAGGUGAGAAUCAAUUUUCUUGCUCUGAGUGUGGGAAAUGUUGUUUAAGUAAAUCAGAUCUUGUUAGACAUCAGAGAAGUCAUACAGGUGAGAGGCCAUUUCCAUGUUCUGAGUGUGGGAAAUGUUUUGCACGGAAAUCAGUUCUUGUUAUACAUCAGAGAAGUCACAAAGGUGAGAAGCCAUUUCCAUGUUUUGAGUGUGGGAAAUGUUUUGCAGACAAAUCAGAUCUGGUUAGACAUAACAAGUCACACAGGUGUGAAGCCAUUUUCUUGCUCUGAGUGCAGGAAAUGUUUUACACAGAAAUCACAUCUUGUUACACAUCAGCAAAGUCACACAGGCAUUUCCAUACUCUGAGAAAUAAGCUUUUGUUGCACACAAUAGACCACGCAGGUGAGAAACAAUUUUGAUCUUCUUGAGUAUACUUAUCAUUGCCAUGUAAUGUUCCUCAAGAUUCUGUCCUAUCUCUUAUGCUUUUUGCAAUAUACAUGCAACAGGUCCUUCUGAUAGAAGCUCACCAACAAAGGGCAGGGCUACAGCUCAGCUUUGCAAACCAAACAGACUUAAGCUUGGGGGUUCAGAGUAACAAAAUGCUGAUCAUGUGCGGAAUCUUGGGGGUAAAUUUACUAAGAUGUGAGUUCUAUUUAAGAUGGGAUGUUGCCAAUAGCAACCAAUCAGAUUUCAGGUAUUAUCUUCUAUAAGGUGCUAGAUAAAUGAGAAGUAGAAUCUGAUUGGUUGCCAUGGGCAACAUCCCAUCUUAAAUAGAACUCCCAUCUUAGUAAAUUUCCCCCUUGGUGUCCUGGAUGGUGGAGUGAUACUUGGGGGGUAUUCAACUGUUUGAAAAGUCAGGUGUUUGUUUUUUCCUAUCUACUAGACCGGAAAAAACACCCCCAACCAACUUUUCAAACAGUUGACUUCCACGCUUAGACAUCAAAUAUCAGCCACAAUCAGAUCCUCAUCUGAGGAACAUAGCCAGACUCCAGCACUUAUUUCCCUCAGAAGAUCUACCUACAGUCAUACAUGUAUUUUUUAUCUUCACACAUAGACUACUGCAAUGUCCUCUACCUGGGUCUCCCAGCAAAAGAAUUGCACCGCUUGUAGCUUGUACAGAAUGCAGCAGCCAGGCUGUUACCUAACCAGCCCGUUCCUGCCACAUAACACCCAUUCUCUGCUCCCUUCACCGGCUGCCUGUAAGAUGGUGACUCUAUUACAUAAUCUUACUGACUCUCCCAGCCCUACAUGACCAGGGUCCAAGGUACCAGAAGCAGCGCCCUGUUCGGUUCCAUCUGCAGAUGAAGGACUGUAACUAGCAGUAUCAAUUCCCCAAGCAGUGCUGAGAUGUCGGGUAGGCGGCACCUUUGCAUUAGUGGGGGCUGCUGGAGCAGUGUCUACAUAGGUAAUAUUGUCUCCAAGCAGCGCUGAGGUGUCAGGGGAGACAGGGCGGAUGGCUGCAGUGCGGUACCAGGGGCUGCUGGAGGCAGUGUCUAUGUGGGUAAUCAUGUCCCAAAAAAGAGCUAAGGUGUCGGAGACAGCGGGUGGCAGUAGUGGAAGGAGACAGGGUGGUGGCAGUAGAGGGGUAGACAGGGCAAGUGACCGUAGUGGGGGGAUACAGGGCGGUGGCAGUAGUGUGAGAAGAUGGGGUAGUGGGAGGAGACAGGGCAGGUGGUAGUAGUGGGGGAGACGGCGAGUGGUAGUAGUGGGGGGGAGACAGGGCGGAUGGCCGCAGUGCAGUACCAGGGGCUGCUGGAGGCAGUAAAGAGGUGUAUGGGUCUCGCACAGAAUCAGUUGAUAAUUAGACUUAAUGAUGAUUAUGCUUCCUUAUUUCUAAUUAAUCCCUUGUAUGUGUUACUGUUAUUUGCUGUGUCAGCCUUUAUGUGUGUUCUGUGUAAUAAUCCUGAAAGUAGUGCUGCUACCGAUCUCAUAUCAUUUGUAGUAACUUGGAAAAGAUGAGAUAUGAGGUGCACUCUGGAAGCUUAUAGGGGGUUAAUCAGAGAUGAACGCAGAUGUGACAUCAUGCAGCCCCUGAAAAAUGGUCCUAGCCUACCCGCGUUAACCCCUCAGGGAUGUGACCGCAAUGUGUGCAUGUAUAUAUUACCACCACCAGCAAACUGUUGCGAGACGCUAUUGCGGCUGGUUCUGAAUGACCCCCAUAGGCUGUUGUGCAGAGUAAAGUAUUUUUUAAGUUUAAAAUAUAGAGAAAAAUCUGUGUAUUAAAAAUAUGAAAUAAAGUUGUUUAAAAACAAAA